GCACACCGAUACCUUGGUUUGCAUAGAUUAUAGCUGUCCCAGCUAUAGUUUCUCCAACAAGACUGAGAGAGAGAGAGAGUUUCUAUCGCUUGCUCCAAAGAUAUAAGCUCAUCACUUUCUAUCUUCAUCCUUGCCUUGCUGCCUUUUCAAGCUUUAGGCAUUUUUGUCAUGCUUGUAAACAAGAAUUUUGGGUGAAAGCAAAUUGAAAACCUUGAAAUUCAUGAGAGAUAAAAUUUCAAUUAAGCUAAAACUAUAAUUACUAUAAUCACAAGCCUCUUAAAUUUAUUCAUCGUUUAGUCAUGUAUGGACAACCCAACCCUGGAAUUUGUGUUCAAAUCCCUUAUAGCCAAGUGCUUUUGAGCUACUAUUGGGAUUUUGAAGAUUGAAAUCUCAUUUGGAGGAAGCUUGAAAUUGGCUCUCCUUGAGGAACUGGAUAAAGUUUGUGCAGCUUUACUCUAAUGCCUGAAACAUGUUAUGUUAGGUCAUGACAAGAAAAUGCCAUCGUGUCAUUUGACAUUAAUACAGGGUCAAUUUCUUUCUUUGUUUUCCAUUUCAUUUUCAAAUUCUUUAAUUAUUUUCUGAUUUUGAUGGGUGAAGGAAACAAGUGUGGUCACUCUGGGAAUCACUAUCUUGAAGCUAAUGGCUGUUUUUAGAAGGAAAGAUUAUAUGAUUCUUACUUUUGUGGCGCAUUAUCGUUUCUGCUUGAAUCAGCAGGACCAAUGCUCAAUUAGUUAUUCCAUUGUCAAACUCCACAAAGUCCUGAAGAAUAUUGGUGAAACAUAUUCCAUUCAAUCCACUCGUGGAGGGUGCAUGGUUUUAUUGUGGAUCCUAGCUCUUGGAUCUUCAAUCGACAACACAAAUCUGUUGUCUCCACAACAAAUCUACAUUUUCUACCCACAAUUCCAACUCUAUGCCAAUUUGGAGAGCUCAAUGCUGCAUGUUUGGAAAAAAUGGUCAGCAAGUAAUCAGAAUAAACUUAAAAGGAUGGUUUAUAAACUAUGUGCUGUAAAAAUUCCAAAAAUAUGUAAUACAACGGUCGUACUGUCAAAGACUAUUAAAAAGGCGAGGGAGAUAUGGAUGAGGAAUAAGUGAAUAACACUAGACCUCCCCACUCUUGAAAGCUACAAGGGACGCGCCUUCCUAUAGUGGGAAGUGACUAGUAGUAGUAAUAUUAAACACCCACCUCUCUCUCUCUCUCUCUACUCAAUUGCAUCUAUAAUUGCAAUCUCACCUUACCUCUCUGUUUUGGAGAUUAAAAUGGCAAAGUAGAGAUGAGGCCCUCUGUAAGCUCUGAAUCCUCACCAACUCCAACCACACCAAUGGCGUCAGCUCUGAGAAGGGUCUCCAAGAGUAUCUCUGGUUCUGCUAAUUCUUCGGAAAGUGAACAAUCUCCUCGUGGCUGGAGAACUUUUCAUAUAGACGUUGAACAAGAAGAAGUCCAGUACGCAAGUAAUCAUUGUCUCUCCUCAUACUACAGUGUUUUCGUAGUCCGCCUCGCCAUCAUGGUGAUGCUAGCAAUUUUGAUAGGAUUGCUAACCCUUUUGACAUGGCAUUUUACAAGAGUCUAUACAGCAAAAUCACUGGAAAAUUUAGCAUAUGGCCUUCGAUAUGAACUUCUACAACGCCCCAUAUUGCGCAUGUGGAACAUUUUGAAUUCCACGGUGGAAAUAACUACAGCUCAAGUUAAAUUGUCGGAGUAUGUCAUCAGGCGUUACAGCAAGCCUGUUAAUCAAGCUCAGCAAGUUGAGCUAUAUGAAGUAAUGAAGGAUGUAACAUGGGCACUGUUUGCAAGUCAUAAGGCUCUUAACGCAAUAACUAUAAAUUACAGAAAUGGUUUCGUCCAGGCUUUCCACAGAGAUCACAGGAGCAACAGUACGUUCUACAUUUACUCUGAUCUUGCAAACUAUUCGAUCAGUGGGUCUUAUGACACCGAGAUGCUGUCAUCUCGUCAAGGGUGGAAUGACCAAUCAAUCCGCAGCAACAUCUCUGCUAUCUGGUAUCGGGAACCACUUGAUCCUGUCACAGGUGAAAAGAUAGGGAAAGCCAGGGCAAUCGCUCCAGAUGAGUUAAUCAAUAUUGCAGGCCUUUCGCAAGUACCUGAUGGUGCAGCUUCUUGGCAUGUAGCAGUGAGUAAGUCUACAAACUCGCCAUUGCUUUCAGCAGCAUUGCCAGUUAGGGAUGCUCCCAAUGGAAAUAUAGUGGCAGUUGUUGGUGUUACGACUGCACUUUAUAGUGUUGGUCAGUUGAUGAAAGAACUUGUUGAGUUCCACAGCGGACACAUCUACUUGACGUCUCAAGAAGGCUGGUUGCUUGCUACUUCCACAAAUGCUCCUCUGUUGAUGAAUUCAACAACAGGGCCCAAGCUUAUAAGGCCUAUGGAUUCCGAGGAUUAUGUGAUACGAAUGGGAGCUGAGUGGUUAAAUAAGGUUUAUGGUGACAAGUUCCCCCAAACUCAAGAGAUUCAUGUAGAGAAUGCUAGGCUUGGACACCAGUUAUAUUAUAUUGAUUCAUUUUUCCUCAACUUAAAGAGGCUUCCAAUGGUGGGAGUCAUCAUUAUUCCGAGGAAGUAUAUAAUGGGGAAGGUAGAUGAGAGAGCAAUUAACACAUUGGUAAUCCUGAUAUCUGCAUCACUAUGCAUCCUAGUCAUUGGUUGUGUUUGCAUUUUCAUCUUGACAAAUGGAGUGUCAAAGGAAAUGAAACUAAGAGCAGAAUUGAUUAGCCAGUUAGAUGCAAGGAGAAAGGCAGAGGCAUCCAGCAACUACAAAAGCCAGUUUUUAGCUAACAUGAGUCAUGAAUUGCGAACACCUAUGGCUGCAGUGAUUGGACUGCUGGACAUCCUCCUGUGUGAUGACUGUCUCACAAAUGAGCAAUAUGCAACAAUUACCCAAAUUCGCAAAUGCUCAACCGCUUUACUCCGGCUUCUCAACAACAUUUUGGAUCUUAGUAAGGUAGAGUCUGGAAAACUGGUGCUGGAAGAAGCUGAAUUUGACUUGGGACGAGAACUUGAAGGACUAGUUGAUAUGUUCUCUGUACAGUGCAUUAACCAUGAUGUGGAGACUGUUCUGGAUCUCUCUGAUGAUAUGCCAAGAUUGGUUCAAGGAGACUCUGCUAGAGUUGUUCAAAUAUUCGCAAACCUAAUUAGCAAUUCUAUCAAGUUCACAACAUCUGGCUACAUUGUUCUGCGAGGAUGGUGUGAGAAUCCAAACAGUUAUGGUAAUACAAGGAAAUUUCCCCUCAAUCCAAAGGAAUCAUGGUGUGCACAUAAAGCAAGUCCAAAGCAUCAUAUGAACUAUGAGAAGCGAUUCUGCAAGAAAGAUAACAAAGUGAUUCUUUGGUUUGAAGUUGAUGAUACUGGGUGUGGAAUUGAUCCAAGUAAAUGGGAGUCUGUUUUUGAAAGCUUUGAGCAAGCUGACCCCUCAACAACUCGCACGCAUGGCGGAACUGGUCUUGGCUUGUGCAUUGUGCGGACAUUGGUGAAUAAAAUGGGUGGAGAAAUCAAAGUGGUAAAGAAGAAUGGCCAAGGGACGUUAAUGCAAUUGUAUUUGCUUCUCAAUACACCAGCAGAGACUGCCGGACAGCAUUGGCAUCCAAAAUUUGCUGGGCAUAACUUGACGGUCUUACUUGCUCUGAAUGGCAGAAUGGGUAGAAUGAUUAUGUCCCAAUGGUUACAGAAAAAUGAAGUGUUCACCCGGGAAGCUUCUGAAUGGAAUGAGCUGACGCAAAUUCUUCAGGAACUCUUUCAAGCAAAAAGUAAUUUACAAUGUUCACCCAGAGAAUAUCCAGAAACGGAGGCAUUGAAUGUACAAGAAGCAAAGGAAUCACUUUUAAUCAUAGUUGUUGACAUUGGUCUACUUGACUUGAACACAGAUAUAUGGAGAGAACAGCUAAAUUUCCUUGAUAAGUACCAUGGGAAAGCAAAGUUUGCAUGGAUACUUAAUCAUGAAACCUCUAAUACUGUGAAGAUGGCACUUCGCAGUAAAGGGUAUCUAUUGAUGGUUAAUAGACCACUGUACAAGUCAAAAAUGAUUCAGAUUCUGGAAGCUGCAAUCAAGGAGAGGAAUCUUGAGCUACAAAGGAUGAAUGCCUUAAAAUCUACUGCAGAUAGAGGUGAUUUGGAUGAAUGCCUUGAAAUUGAUCUCAUUCAGUAUGAUGAAAUCACUUCUGAUGAUUCUGAUAAGUCAGAAACAGGAAGUUCUAACUCCACAGGGGAAUCUCAUACUGAGAAGCAAAGAGAAUGUGUGGCUAAACCUUGUCCAUCGCAGUAUGCAACUGUAAAUGAUUGCUUUGUCGACUUAAGACAAUCAUAUGUGCAAGACCAUAGUUUCAACACGAUUGAUCCAACUCAAAUCAGAUCCACAUCAAGUGACAAUUCAAAAUGCAUAGAACAACGUUUGAUGGGGAAUUAUGCAGGAGAGGAAGGUGGUUUAUGUUCCAGUAAAGUUGUUAAUGUACAGGAAUCUCUUGAAGGCCUACGUGUACUGCUGGCAGAAGACACACCGGUUCUCCAGAAAGUAGCAACUAUCAUGCUCGAAAAAUUGGGGGCUACCGUAGUGGCUGUGGCUGAUGGAAUGCAGGCAGUGGAUGCUUUAAAGAUAACACCAGGUGCAGGUGAGGGUAGAAGGGGAUCUUCCUUGGAAGAUGGAAAUGCAAGAACUCAGAGCAAUAUUGAGGACCGCCCUCCAUAUGACUUGAUCCUGAUGGAUUGUCAAAUGCCAAGAAUGGACGGCUAUGAAGCGACCAAAGCAAUCAGGAAAUCGGAACAGGGAACCAGAUCACACAUCCCAAUUGUGGCACUGACAGCCCAUGCAAUGUCAUCGGAUGAAGCCAAAUGCUUGGAGGUGGGCAUGGAUGCUUAUCUAACAAAGCCAAUUGAUCGCAAGCUGAUGGUAUCGACUAUCCUUUCGCUGACUAAGAGGAUCACCUAGCUUUUACUCCUGCAACAGAAUGGCAUCAUCUCAUAUCACACAAACCAGAGCUAACAUAAUAGUUUUGCAGGGUAUAAAUGUGGGAAGCCAUCAGAGCAGAGAGGGAAAACAUUUUAACACGCGUUGUACAAAACUAUGUUAUAAAGCUUAGUUGAUUUCUUGCUCAA